AUGAAGUUGAAAGGAGAGAAGCGGGAGAGCUCUGACUCCGAUGAGGAUUCAAAGGGGAAAAUGACACUUUUGCUCGCGCUGGUGGCGCUGAUAUCUGCCUUUGGAUCUUCUUUCCAGUAUGGGUACAACGUGUCAGUGAUCAAUUCCCCGGCCCCGUACAUGCAAGACUUCUACAACCAAACCUACUUCAACAGGACUGGAACGCCUAUGGACAGUGGCUUCCAGACGUUCCUCUGGUCCCUUACUGUGUCCAUGUUCCCUCUGGGUGGCUUGUUUGGGUCCCUCAUGGUGUGGCCUAUGGUGAACAAUUGUGGCCGAAAGGGCACUUUGCUGAUAAAUAACCUCUUCUCCAUUACUGCUGCAAUCCUUAUGGGAACCUCAGAGCUAGCAAAAACCUUUGAAGUAAUCAUCGUUUCACGUGUUAUCAUGGGAAUAUAUGCUGGUCUGGCUUCCAAUGUGGUUCCCAUGUUCCUUGGAGAAAUAUCCCCCAAAAAUCUGAGAGGUGCUAUUGGAGUAGUACCCCAGCUCUUCAUCACCAUUGGGAUCCUUGUAGCUCAGAUCUUUGGUCUCGACAGCAUCCUUGGGACUGCCGAAGGCUGGCCCAUUCUGCUGGGGCUCACUGGGAUCCCAUCGCUAAUCCAGCUCCUUAUAUUGCCCUUUUUCCCUGAGAGUCCCAGAUACCUGCUGAUACAAAAGGGCAAUGAAGAGCAAGCACGACAAGCUCUGCAGAAGCUGAGGGGCUGGGAUGACGUGGAUGAUGAGAUAGAAGAAAUGCGCCAAGAAGACCGGUCAGAAAAGGAAGAAGGACAGUUUUCUGUACUCAGCCUGUGCACCUUCAGAGGCUUGCGAUGGCAGCUCAUCUCCAUCAUUGUCAUGAUGAUGGGCCAGCAGCUCUCUGGGGUUAAUGCGGUCUUCUACUACGCGGACAGAAUCUUCCAGUCGGCCGGCGUGGAUCCAAACAAUGUUCAAUAUGUCACUGUGUCCAUAGGUGCCAUCAACGUCGUCAUGACUUUGCUUGCUGUUUUCAUCGUGGAGUCCCUGGGGAGGAGAAUCCUUCUCCUUGCUGGCUUUGGGUUGUGCUGUGUCUCCUGUGCAGUGUUAACGUUGGCCCUCAACCUCCAGACCACCGUCUCAUGGAUGUCUUACCUCAGCAUAGUGUGUGUCAUUGCUUACAUCAUCGGACACGCCAUUGGAGCCAGUCCAAUUCCCUUUGUGAUGAUCACCGAGAUGUUCCUGCAGUCAUCCCGGCCUGCUGCCUUCAUGGUGGGUGGGUCUGUGCACUGGAUAUGCAACUUCACCGUGGGGCUUGUGUUCCUCUACAUGGAGGCUGGACUGGGGCCCUACAGCUUCCUCAUCUUCUGUGCCAUCUGCCUCGCCACUAUAGUUUACAUAUUCUUUAUUGUUCCUGAAACAAAGAACAAAACCUUCAUGGAAAUCAACAGGAUCAUGGCGAAAAGGAACAAGGUGGAGAUUCAGGACGACAAAGAAGAGCUUAAGGACUUCCACACUGUCCCAGGCGGGCAGGCAGGAAAGAAAGAAUUCUCCAGCGUUGAGCUGUGACCCAGCUCAGUGGCACAAGCCAGCACUUGGGCUGAGUUUUUGUCAGCCAUGUGCAAGGAGUGCACUCUGUUCCUCUGAGGCACUGCCAUUCACGUGUUUGAGGGUCCAGCAUAAGCGAUGCCAGGCCUUUGGUGCUCUGGGGUGGAGAGAGUCAUUUGUUCUGAGGUACUUGGUUAGAUGGGUUGAUAGUGGCAUUUAUCCUGUCACCUCCUGUCCUUCCUUUGUGUGCUUCAAAGGGCUGCUAAACUGGAAAUGCACAUCACUACAACCUCACCCCCUCCCUGCUCACCCAGCUCUCUCCUUCAGAUCAAACCUAGCCCUCAGCUGUUGCUGAUGAGUCCUUCCAAAGCCUUACCCUUGAGGUUAGGAGUCAUCCAUCUGGCUGAUGUUUAUUCAUUGCCAAUUUAUACCCAUUUGUUUCAGAGGUACUCUAGUCUUUGAGUUAUUUAGCUCAUUUCACUCCCUAGGGUUUACGUUUCAGUUGCCAAAGAGCAACAGUCCCUCUCUUAAUCCUUUAAUAACUCCCAUAUCUCUGCUCUGUACACAUGACCCAGCUGGAGCUCGUUCAUCCCCUAGAGAUACUGUGGUAUUGAACCCAGUAGGAACCUCCCUGCUGCAUUGCAGGAGUCAAACUCAGGUUGAUUCCUGUGCAGUGGGCCACAGGUUGGAGCCUGUAUUUGCAAACGUGUCCAAAUUUGUCUUCAGCUUCUCACAUUAAGUUGUUUAAAUUUAGUUUUUGAAAUAACUCCGCUCACAGAUGCUUUAAACAACUUGAAAAUGUCUUCAGAUGGUUUAGAGCUUCUACUGGUUUCUGGUUGUUUCCCCUACGGGUACCAUUCCACCUGAAGGCUAAUUUGGUUUGGAAAAACUCGGAGUCUGAAGAUCCAGUGCUGACUCUCAGAAGAAAGUAAAGUGCACACUGAUAAAAAACAAGGAUUUCUUAAAGUAUUUAUUAGUUUAGUGAGUUUUGGGGUUAAUCAUGGCAUAAUUUAACAUGGGGAAAUUAAAUGUAAUUAAUUGUUAUGUGGGACUGCUGCCCUCCAUUUUGAAAAAAAGCAGAAUUGUGUAGCA